GUUCGUUGCUGUCUCUCCAAACAUAGUUUCGCAUUUGAUGUGCCCUUUUCAUGUGUAUUUGCUGCACUGAGUGUUCCUUUUAAUCAUUAAAUAAAGCGAUCAAUCUUAAUGACAUCUUGUGAUUUAUAGCAACAGUCACAAACAUACCGGGAUAAAAGUGAAAAGCCAGUGUAGAUUGACUUAACAGUACGAGUUUCAUCAUCUCUUAAACGUGUGCGUCAUAAGUGAAAUAGUUCAUUACAGCUUGUCAUGAUUAUUGAACCAAAACAAGUGUGCAUGACUUCCUUAUAAUAAUUGCUGAGUCAUGCUGAGCUUUAAUAAAACAAUAUUAUAUAACGUCUCCCGGUAGCUCUGCAUCCAGCAGUGCCAGUGCUUCCAGACAGUGAGCCUUGGGUAAUUCAUCAAAUUUUAUCCAAGGGUCAGCAGUUCUAGGAUGGAUUAAGAUGGCCAGAGCUAAAAACUGAGUGAAAAAUCAGGGGCAUCCCUGAAAAUCCGGGACAGCUGAGAAUUAUGGAUAUAUGGAUAUACGGUUCAAGACAGAAUCCAAUUCAGUACCAAGAACUGAAACAGGCAUGUCUUUUAGAAAGGUUAUAAAAACUGUUCUCAGUGUUGAGCAGUCAGAAGGAGUUGGAGCCCGAGUUCGAAGAAGCAUUGGCCGUCAGGAGCUGAGAAAUCUUGACCCUUUCCUUAUGCUGGAUGAAUUUAAGGUUGCAAAACCUGCAGGCUUUCCUGACCAUCCACACAGAGGAUUUGAAACGGUGACUUACUUGUUAAAAGGCUGUUCUCUUCAUGAAGAUUCCUGUGGUCAUGCUGGCACAUUAAAUGCUGGUGAUUUACAGUGGAUGACAGCAGGACGAGGUGUGAUUCAUGCAGAGAUGCCUGGUUCAGAUGAACCAGGUCAUGGUCUACAGCUAUGGAUUAAUCUACGCAGUUCAGAUAAAAUGGUGGAACCCCAAUAUCAGGAACUGAAAAACAAAGAAGUGCCAAAACCUUCCAAAAAUGGUGUCACUGUGGCUGUUAUCUCAGGGGAAGCUCUUGGUGUUAAGUCUAAAGUGUAUACCCGUACUCCAACAAUAUACCUUGACUUCAAACUGGAGAAAGGAGCUAAACAUGUACAACCUGUUCCUAAAGAGUGGACAGCAUUUAUCUAUAUAUUAUCUGGCUUAGUACACAUAGGUUCAGAUGCUGAGCAGCAGAAAGUUGAACCCCACCACACAGCCGUUCUAAGUGAUGGGGAAAUGGUUCAAGUUGAAAAUAAGGAUUCUGAAGUUGCCCACUUUGUUUUAAUUGCUGGAGAACCAAUUAAGGAACCAAUUGUACAGCAUGGUCCAUUUGUGAUGAAUACACAAGAGGAAAUCUCUCAAGCCAUCGCAGAUUUCCACAAUGGACAAAAUGGUUUUGAAAGAGCACACACUUGGAAGUCUAAGAUUAGAAACCUGCACUGAAUAUCGGUCUUAGCAGCACAGUUGCCAUUUUUUACCUAAAUUGUGCAGUAAUAGUCAAGUAUCAAUGAUUUAAAUAGGUUCUGCUGCAUUACUAAAGAAGCUUUUGUUGAGACCUGAUAUUAUUUGUAAUAUUCGUUUUUAAUGUAAGAAUUAUUGCUGUUAUUGUAAAAAUGUUAUCUUGAAAUAUUUCUACUUUCUUUAUGCAGGAAGCACUAUGUCAUCAAAACAUAGAUUUAUAAAUUAAAAUAUAUUUGUAAAAAGGAAAACCCGUUUCAGCACCAUUACUUUCUGUGCUAGCACAUAUUAACUAAAGACUUUAUACUAGAACACGGUUAUAGUAAACUCUUUGCCUAAUAUUCAGGCAUCUUGAAAAAAUCCGUUUCAGAAGAACUGCUGAUACUUUAGUGUCUCAACCAGUGCUGAACUGUCCUGAGUAAAUGUUUUGGGAAAUGGGAGAAGAAGACUGGAGUGACUGGAGAAAGCCUACACAAGCACGGUGAGCACAUGUACACCUCACACAGACAGUGACCAGAUGUCAAGUCUAAAUUACAGAAGCUGGCUGUGUGAGGCAGAGGUCUUAACCUCUGAACCACUGUACUGCCUUAAUGAUAAAGGAGUUGUGGGUUUACAAGUAGGAGAGCAGUGGUAUUGCCGACUGUCAGAAAAGAUAUGCACAAACAGAGAAGGAAUUGGUUGCUGUUGUUCACAGCUGUGACAAGUUUCUUCAGCUGGAAAAGUGGGUCAGGUUAACAGUGAUCCUAAGCCAUUAUGUGCUACAUUUAAGAAGUUAUUACUUGUAACGUUUCAAAUGUUACAAAGACUGCUAUUUGUUCAUGCCUUCAUGCCUUCUUUAUUUAUUCACUCUUUCUAAUUCAAAGUAUUAGCAGAUCUAGAAUCUCUCCUAGCACUUAGUGGGUACAAGACACAGACAUUAAUUUCCAAAACACUGUCAUUAUCGUAGUUUCUCUACCACUGCUGAAACAUAGUAAUUGUGUGAUAUUUACCACUUAAAUGUUGUCACUGUUGGAAAAAAAAGCUAUGUUUUCUUUCCUCCUUCUUGUUGUCAAAGGAGAAGUUAAUGGCUUCAUGUUACAAGUGAUUCCCCUAGGGCAAAAUCACUCAGGACAGCUGAAUAGCAUAGACUCUUGGCCACAAGAGAAUUCGGGAAUUCACAGAUGUUCAGCAUUAGAUCACUGUUGCAGUAGCCUAAGCUGUAUGGGUUAUAUCCUGCUGAGGAUAUGACAACCAUCCAGUAUUAAAAGGCUUAGAGCACUUCCCAUCUGCACUUCUUCUAUUAGGCUCAUGGAAAGUGACAAUAAGUCAGUGGUUUGGUCUACAUUCAAAAUAUUUUUGCUGUUGAAGUCCACUCUUGUUUGCUUUGAGAGAUCAAUGAUCAGUUAACACUUCUUCAUUGCCAGGCAGAUUCCACAACUGUUAAAAAUAAGAGAAAAUAGAGUUUUUUCUUAAGAAAAAUAUUUUUUAUUGCUAGGCUCUGUAGUUUAAUGUACUGUCUUGAGAUAUCCUUGUCGUAUUCUUAGUUUUCUCAUUCAGCUUUGUUUUGAGGAAAACUUUCUUUUUAAACCCUUUUUACUAAACAUUUUGUAUUGGGUUAUAAAUGUGUGUUAGGGGCCAGGACAGCUGUUUUUUGUAGGUUAUUACUGUAUAUUUUAAUGUAAAUAUAAUUUUCUCACUGUUAGCCCUUUACCGACUCUUCUAGGCUCCAUAGUCUGACGUUAGGCUCGUUUUUCAGCUAACAAUGUAGCAGGCUACCUGCUGUUUGGCUCCUUGUCCCAAGAGAAGGAAAAAUUCCAUGGAGCCUUUGUCACUUAAGCAGGCUUCUUCUCUGCCUCAGAUUCUGAUGGAUGACUCUGCAGUGGCCAAAUCUGUUUUUUCAAACCACACAUCAUCUUUCCUGGAUCCCUGUGGUGUAUUUCCUUGGGAUGCCAUCAAGGACUAAGGGAUACAUCUUCUGUAGCUGUUGUGGUAUCAUUGUUGGGGAUGGGAGAACCACUGUUGUCAGUCUCGGAGGGGGGAGCAGUUGAAGCUUUAACAUUUUAUCUGUCUAAGGUGCCUGAUUUUUGGCCAAGUUUCCCUGCUUUGAAUCUGUCUGUUUCUAGGCGGCCCGUAGGAAAAAUAAAAUAAACAGAAAGUUAAACAUUAAGCGUCUCCUGUCCCUCUGUCUUUUGAAUCCCCCUCUGAAGAAUUAUCUUGUUUUUGAAACUAUCUCCAGAAUUAAAGACUUGUUUUAGUUGGAACAGAGAUUCCAGUUUCUUAGGUAUUAUGUUUUAUCACAGAGGGGCUUUCAUCAACCUAUAACUGUCUUCCUGUAUUACCAGCAUUAUAAUAUUCUUAACAGCCUACAGUAAGCUUGACAGUCAACCUUCAACCCUGACAGAUUAUGUAAGGUUCCUCAAAGAUACACACACACACACACACACACACACACACACACACACACACACACACACACACACACACACACACACACACACACAUAUUCUAAUCCCAUAUCUAACCCUGCGGUGAUUUAUUUGACAAAACCAUCUGCUGUCAAACAUGUUGUGAAUACUAAUCCUAUACCUUCUGACAAGGAAAGGAAAGCUUUUUACAGAUUUGGGCAGAUAGUUUAUUCUUAUGCUACUUUUACUUUCAGAAUUUUAAAAUGGCACUCACAUGUGGGGGUGGUUUAUAUUGCUCUUUGUACUUUAUGAGAAAAUUUUUAUGUAGGCAAAACUGAAAGAGCCCUGAAAAGAGAAUAUAUGAGCUGUAUACAAUAUCUGAAGAAAGGGUAAGAGCAGUGCAUUAAGUAAACAUGUCAUGGAUUGUGUGAACUUCAAAAAGUUUUUUUUUUUCUUUUGCUGUUGUGGAAAAGUGGCUAAAGCAACUAGAGGAAGAGCCUGUGAAACUUUACUUGAAUGCAAAGAACUUAUUUGGUAGUCAUGUUUGAAUACUAGCCACUAUCCUGAGAUUAAUGAAGAAGUGUCUAUAAUGAGUGUUCUUAAAUUGAGAUCUGCUGUGUUAUACUAAUAUUUUAGGUUUAUUGGUUAUUUUUUUUAUUUUUGUUGGGCAGAGUUGUUUUACUUUAUUUUUACAUAAACUUGUUGGUUUACCACAUGAAUAUUUUUAGUUAUACGAAUUUUUUUAAUAUCAACUGAUUUGCGUAUAGGUGUAUAUAAAGAACCUCUGCAUAUUUUAUUUUAUUUUUAAAGUUCUGAAGAACUGCAAGUAUUUAGCAAAAAAAAUUCAACUCAUGUUAAUAAAUUUGUUUUGUGCAUUGGA